CGGAAGGAAGGGAUAAAAACGCAGAGUGGGACCUUUUGCCGUAUUUACUCCUUUUGCGCGGCUUUCUGAGGUAUUCUGUAGGGUAUUAUUUUUAUUUCCUUUCUGUUUUGUGCUCUCUUCUUGCUGAGGCAUGUCCGGGCGCGGGAAGCAGGGCGGGAAGGCGCGGGCCAAGGCCAAGUCGCGCUCGUCGCGGGCCGGGCUGCAGUUCCCCGUGGGCCGCGUGCACCGGCUGCUGCGCAAGGGCAACUACGCCGAGCGGGUGGGCGCCGGCGCGCCCGUCUACCUGGCGGCCGUGCUCGAGUACCUGACGGCCGAGAUCCUGGAGCUGGCGGGCAACGCGGCCCGCGACAACAAGAAGACGCGCAUCAUCCCCCGCCACCUGCAGCUCGCCAUCCGCAACGACGAGGAGCUCAACAAGCUGCUGGGCAAGGUGACGAUCGCGCAGGGCGGCGUGCUGCCCAACAUCCAGGCCGUGCUGCUGCCCAAGAAGACCGACAGCCACAAGGCCAAAGCCAAGUAAAGUUCUCCAGAUCAAAUAACCCAAAGGCUCUUUUCAGAGCCACCCACAUCUUCCUAGAAAGAGCAGGAACGCUUGACCCUACAAAUACAUGCUAUUUGACAUAUCUGAAAAUUUUAAAUGUCAAAAGAAGCUUUCUGAAGCAUAAACUUUCUGUGUAUUUUUAACUUGCUGAUCAGUGUAGUUCCCUGCAGUUUUCUUUCUCUAAGACAUCCAUGUUCUUAUGUAAAUGUGCCUCCGUUUCCCCUUUUUGGGGAAAAAAAAAUAAAAGGUAUCUAUUGCGAUUGAAAUCGGUCACCGCAGCAUGGUUUGAGAGAUGUGAACUAGGCAAGGGUGUACUCUCUGCUUGCCUCCCCAUGGAUUCAGUGGGUGGGAAGCACCAUUAAGCUCGGUGGUGGUAGUAUGGGGCGGGGACGGGGCCGUCCUUGCCAAUCCGAUUGGAAUGCGCGGUUUUCAAACCAGAGAGGGAUUGAGCCCCCUCCUCUCCCACUGAGCCGCUGCUGUCCCUGCGUUGGGGUGGAAAGGUGUCCGGGUGCCUUAUGCGUAGUGGUUGCUGUAAUUUUCUGCCUUUUGAGGUUGGUUUUUUUUCUUGUUUGCAAUUUGGGGCUAUCAGGGGAUAGUAAGAAAAUGGUAAGUGCUUCACUGGGAUGCUGUCCAGGACAGUUUCCAAAGGGCAGCACCAGGUAUUCUAUUUAAGUGAUAGAUAAUGAUGGUGACUAUCAUAAUGGAGUUAAAGCAAAAUAGGCUGGAGUGUGAGUUCAGAUAGAAGCACUAUGGAAACUCACACAUACACAGGAAAGGGGGUCAUCAUGUACCAGUCUAGACUUGAACUGUUUCAAUUCUUUCUCUUUCAUCCUGGUGGUGUUCAAAAGUGCUCUUGGCGUUUUUCUGCAAAAGUUUCCUUUACUUAUACGGUACAGACUCCUGGGUACUGUCGCUUUCGGUUUGGCCGAGCUCCUCGGUACCACCUUUUUGGAUUUCGUAGCCUUAGUUGCCUUUUUGGGGCCCUUGGCUGCUACGACUGCCUUGGCCUGCUUGACUGCGGGAGCCUCUUGUGCUCCAAAGAAGGGGACACGGCCUUGAUGACGCGGGAGUCGCGGGCUCUGAAGUCGCCGCAUCUGGCUUGAGGAUCCCGAGGUGUUGGGGGUACAUAAAUCAAGAUACUACGCGAGAGAUCGGUAUUUGCAGGGAGGAGCCUGUCCGCCAUUGGUGCCUCGGGGAGUCCGCCCUGCUGGGGCACAGCGACAGCUCUUGUCCCCUCUGUUUCCUCUGAACACGUUAAUUUUAUUUCUUUUUUUUCUUUCUUUCUUUUCUUCUGCUGUAAAGAACACCGCUUCUCACCUUUGUUAGGCAGAUGUAGAGAGAGACAACGGAGGAGUGCCCAGCUGAAGUCUUGCUUGGAAACAAGAUGAGAAAGGCGAGACUGCUAUCAAACGGUACAAGAUUUUCACACAAUUUUCAGGUUGGUUUGGGAUUUUUUUUUGAUUGGUUGUUGUUGGUGUGUGUGUGUGUGUUUGGUUUUUUUGAUUGUUAUUUUAUCUUUUUAUUUCCCGAAAUAGAUAGAGGAUUUUUUUUUUUUUAAUCAUCUCUGUCUUACUGAAAGAAAUUGCAUUAGGUAUUAAUCACCUACUAUUCAGAGCUGGACUUUGAAACAACAUUAACUGCAGGACUUUAUUAGUAACUAUGCUGAAAUUUGAGGCUAGGAUUAGGUUUAAAACACUUAAGGAUUUUUUUGUUUGUUUGUUUAAUAAUCUCAAAUUUUCUGUAUUUAGUAUAUUUGGCAAAAUAGCCUUUUAUUGGUGUAUAUUUAGUAUGGGAGGAAGAGAUUACGUGAGUCUAAAGCAGGGAAUUGAUUUGUACAAGGUUCUGAUUGGGCCAUUUGAAAAUCCUGAAACAGAGUUUCAUUUUUGCCUUUGAAGACACAGUGUGAGGAGGGAGCAUUUCUUUUCAAGAACAAUGCUCAUACUUUCUUCUUAGACACUUCAGUAUAUCUUUUCCGCUUCUCUUGGAAAUUGGAAAAGAGGUGGCUGGAUUUGUUUUGUUUUGUUGUUUGUUUUUUUUCCCUCUGAUUUUUGAAAAAUCAUUUGAAAACACAAAUAUUCUAACAGUUUUCAAAUAAAACAUAAGCAGAUUGGAAUCUAGUCUAAAGUGUUUGUAUUGUUUUUCUAUUAUGUUCCUCAUUAAAAACUAGUUAAGCUCAGUAUUGUAAUUCAUGAAGUUCACCAUUUCCUUCUCAGAACUUUCCAGCCAUGCUUCCCCCUUGAGAUGGUAACCAGCAUCUAGCUAUAACUAGAUGCAUAUAACUAGCUCGGUUUCCUUAUACAGAAAUUUAUAAACAAUGUUCUCUCUAUCCCACCAAUAGGAUUUUCAUGACAGGUUUAAGUAUGUUUCUAUUAGUAGAGGAAAACUGAUAAGUUCUGUAUACUAAAUCCUUUUUCCUCAGCUAAAUUACACCUGGAAUGUUUUCCUAUGAUUACUGUGUAUACCUGUUUCUCCUGACCAGUCAUUCAUAUGUAAUGUAGAAAGGUAACUUGUUCUUCUACUUCAGGUGACUGCGCUUGUUAUAAAUGAACACGUUCUGUCUGCAUACCAUAGUUAAAGAACAGGGUUGUAUAUAUUGAAAUAGAAGAGAGAAAUGUACUAUAUCACCUGCUUGCUUACGUGACAGAUGAGAGUUAAAAGUGUUUUCUUGAAAACCACAAUAUUUUAUUUCAUUGCAGAUGCAAAAUUUCCCUUACCAAAUUUCAUUUCAACUAUUAAGCCAACCUAAAUUCUCAAAAAGGGAAAAGACUUUAGAUUUAAGAACAGUGCAUCACAGAUGCUGGUGGUCACAAGAUAAGUGUUUAAUGACAUACAUGACACUGAUUUACUUUUGAAUUUUAAGUCCACACAAAAUACAUCCUUGCUUUAAAGUACUAACUGUAGCAUAGGUAGUGCAAUCUGUCAGAUGACUUGCUCCCAUGAAUAUUAUUCACCCUGUAGUUACUAAAAAACAACUCUAUUUUUUAAAGGACUAAAACAUAAUAUGCAAGACAAUAUUAAAAAAAAAAAAAGAAAAAUAAACUACACUCAGUUGCAGAAACAUUCCCAAGUAUGCUGAGAAACAAAUUUUAAAAAAGUGAAGUAAUAGAAGAACAUUCACUUUUAGGCCUUUUCAUAGUCACAAUACAGUGUGAGAAUAAAUAAAUAGAUAUUCUUUUCCUUCAAAAAGUCUUAUUCAUGUUGUUUUCUUUUGGUUUUUGCUGUUUUUGUUUUGUUUGUUUGUUUGUAUUUGAAAAAGACUGUCUAUGCUUAAUUUUUCUCUAGUGACCUGAUUGAGGACAGAAUUGAAAUAUUGUUCAAGCUCCUUUGGUAGUAAAAGUCUUAGAGAAAACUGUGAUUUUAUUUUAUUUUCUCAUGAGAAUUUGCUUUAGGCUAGCAAAUUUAUCAACAAUAUAGACAAGCUAAAGUAUUUACAUAGGUCAACAAACAUGAAUAGAAUUAAUUGCUUGGUACCAAUGCUAUCCCCAUGAUUCUGUAGGCUCCUCCUUGUAAAACUUAUUUGAACAUUUACAUCACAUACUCUAUGCAAAGGUUCAACUUUUAUAGGUCUUUUAUUGAAUUCCUCCCAAAUUCCUUCACUCAAAUUUUUAGUUUCUUUAGUACAUUUUACAAACUUACAUAGCACACCAAAAUACUAUAAAGUAGGAAUAUCCUACAAAUCUGGUGUAAUGUUAUAGAAACUGUUUGAAUAAUACCAUGAGUAGUUUAUUUUUCACGAACACUGAAAACAGACCUGCUUAGAGACCAAAUGAACUUUUUAAAGAAAAGGUUACUGUGUGUUUCUCUCAAAUAUAUAGUGCAGGAUCGAUUUAGAUUUUGGUAAACAUGAAAGAAAUCCACUAGUCUCCAUUCACACUAUUUUGGAGGUAUUCCUGAUGCUCAGGAAGUUUGUUGGAAAGUCUGGAAACCAAUUGCACUACAGCUAUGGAAAUGCAGCAGAAAACUGCAUUUUUCUGCAGGUCACAAUAAAUACUCUGCGUGUAUCUAAUAAUAACAGAAAAACAGAUUGCAGUAAACCCUAGCUAAGUCCUCCUGUGUCUUUGUCUUUGCAUCUUCUGAGAUCCUUAUCGUUACCAUGGCAAGCUGAGUCAAGGGGAGGGCUGAUCUCUUUGGGGCAUUCCGGUUCAGCUCUGGUGCCCAGCAGGGAAGUGGGGAGGGGUGCCCAGUCACGACCCGCCUGGGCUGCAGCAAUUUCUGACCAAUCCUGCCCUGGAAGCAGCUUACCUCCCUCUUCCACCUCCUCCUUCUUCCUUUCCUCUCUAUCUGCCUCUGGUUAGCUUCUCUGCCCCCGCUUCCUGCCCCCUUCGCCUGUCCCUUUCCGAGUCAUUUUCAUUUUGUUAAUCUGCGGACAAGGAAGAUGAAUCUGUUAGAUGACACCACAAUGGGGUGAUAAACCCCUCGCUCUGGCUGUUGUUAAAACCAGCCUGCGUUUUGAAUUCUUCUGGUUUCUUCUAUCAACUGCUAGUUUGUGUUUUUUGACUGCCAUUUAUUUAUACUGUGGCUGCUGCCCAGGCUAAGGGGAAAAAACCCAACCAAACAGACAAAAGCCAAAAAACCCCACCACAAAACCAAAACAAGGAACAGUUGGGAUGUUCCAGCUUGCUCUGACAGAAAAUGUUAUUUUGAUUCUACAGGCUUCACAGCUGAGAGAUGGAUCAUCCUAUAUGAUAAAAUACUUCUGUAAGGAGCCCAUGGUCAUUAAAUCCUUCCCUCCCCUUGUCCUUUCUGUUCUAGAAAACUUGAUGUACGGGUGCAUGGUACAGAAACAACCCUGCCAUACUAACUAGGCUGAUGCAAACAAACCUUUUUUCCUCUCCAGAUGUCAUGUCUGUAUACCACAUCUUUGAGAGUUUCAUUGUUUCAGGUCUCUGCACUCCGCAUACAAAUGAUACUGCUCUUCACUUGUAGGGAGGGAUUUCAAACAGAAACCAAAUCCUCUUCUUAAAGACCUUGCAGCUUUUUCCUGUCAUGGAAUUCCUCUGUUGCCUUCCCAACUAUUUUCUAAGAGAACCGUGAAAAUACCAGCCUAAACCAGGAUGCUAGCAAUUUAGAAGUCCUGGAAAAAAAUAGUUAAGCACUUGAAUAGGAUUUUUUUUUUUUUUUUAGGGGAAGUUGUUUUGCUGUUAUUUGGUUGGGUUGGGUUUUUUGGAGGGGGGGAGGAGAGGAAGAGACAGAUUUUUGUUUGGAGUUGGUGCUUUUAUGGGGGGGAUUUCUUUGCUUGUUUUUUUUAUGUUAUAGAAAAAGACCAAAAUCAAUCCUCAGGACAUGCAUGUAAUUAAAUGGACCAGUUUGUGAACUAUUUACCACAGGCAUUAGCAAGUGCUUUGCUUGUGCAAGCAGCUGUGUAGUCUAGAAUUGAUUUCUAUAAAGGAGAGGGAUGGCACCAAUGUCGUCUUUCCACACAUCAUCUUCAUCUUUUUUCUUUGAUUUGGAAAAUGCCUAUAGAGAAAAGGAGUCCAUUUACUUAAGGAAACUGCCUAUGAAAUUUAGCAUUUCUGGUUUCAGUAACCUUUUGGUUUAUAACUAAUUUUAUAAUUAGAUUAGACCUCACUAAAUGUGAUAGAUUUAAUCACUGACCUUACAGUAAAAAUAAGCAAGAACAUCUUCAGCCAGUAGUGGUCUCUGUUCUGAAAGUGUCCUAAUAUUCAUAGUAAAGAAGCCAUUUUAGAGCUUAAAUAAUCUUUAUCACUUUUCUCAGAAAUUUCUUUACCACUUGCAUUUAUUUGUUUAUUUAUGGGCCAGAAAUGUGUACACUACUCAGGGUGCAACUAUUUCACACAAUGCUACAAUGGUACUAAGAUACAAUAUCCUGUUUUACUGUCCCUUCCUCUUCUAGUGAUUCUUGACAUUUAAGUUAUUUUCACUGAAGUACUUCUGAGCACUGAACGUGUUUGUUUUAGUUAUUUAUUUGUUGUUUUCAGAUGUGGGAAGAAUUUUUUAUUAGGAUCAAACUGGAGGGUGCAGUAAAAGUGGAAGAUUGUGGUGAGACAGCUUUGAAGACUGAGUUAAGGAUCAGGCACGGGGGAAGGACAAGCAGUAAAAUUGAAAACUGUGGUUAAAUAAAAGUAAAUAAAUGAGAAGACUGAAAUUUAUUGUUAUUUAAUGACAUCCAAAACACCUAAAGAUGGAGCACUUGAGAUGUUUAUGCUGUAGAGGUCAUGGCAAGUUCACUGUUGCAUAUCAGGAAAAUAAAGAUUUUUUUGUUCCUCACCAAAAGGAUGCUUGGAUUUGCCAUCAUCCAUUAUGAUCCAGAAGUCCAAGUCCGUAUGUCUUUAUGGGUGGUGAGGUUCUAAUUAGUUGCUAAUCUUGUGUGUGUGCAGACUGCUAACUGCUGAAGGACCUUGUAGCCACAAGAAGUUCAUACAGAACAGCAGCAGCACUGGAUAGUACUAGCAAGAUCAGUAAUUACUAUACAUGCAGAAAUUAUAAAGGGGAAAAAAAUAUUACCUUGUAAAUAACUUUCUAACUUUCUUUCUCCUAUGUGUUGUUGUUUUGGUUUUGGUUUUUUUUUUUUUGUUUGGUUGGUUUGGGUUUUAUUUCAGACCAAAUUGUCCCUUGUCCGUUUCUGUGAAUUUGGGGAUAGCCAGCAAGAGUUAUUGAGGGUUUCUGCAUAAACACAUCAAUGCAUGAAAAGAUAACAUUUCAAAGCAUCAGUAGUUAAAAAGUAUAUGUAUGAUUUUGAUGUGGUUUUUGAAGCCCUGUCAGAGAUGGACACACUGUGACUGGAUGGGAGCUACCACGAUCCAUGCUGAUUUCCGGCUUCCACCUAGAGAAGUACUAGCUCUGGCCUUCAGCACACAGUUGUAAGUAGAGCCUGGAAGCAGAUGCACACCCGAGAAGAAAUCCUGCUGUUCCCUGAGGCAAUCAGACCCAUGGGGAGCAGCCACUCCAGGUGCCAGGUGCAUCAGAUUAGUCCAGGUGAAUGAGAAUGAAAACUAGGACUGAGCUGACCAAGCCUCAGUCUGGCAGCAAUUUAGGGGCAUGUUGGGGUGUGAAAUGUGAUUCUCCUUUAUAUUGUGGGUCUAACAACCAGUCCUACUGAUGGGCCUGUCUUCAGUAUCCUGGAAGGUGGCCUGUGCAGAGACUGACAGCUCGGAGUCUCCCUGUAAGUAGGGUGCACCAAGCUUUAAUUUUAUUUAUGUUGUAAUUAACGGAUUUGUCAUGCAACUUUCAAAAAUAUUUGUUUUCCUCCAUGAAAUUAGACAAAUUCUAACAAUAUUUAGUCAUGUUGAUUGUCACUCUAGGCAAAAAUCCAUCUCUAUUUUUAGUUGAACUUGUGCAUUUCAUGUGAUAAUGCUCUGGGAACACUUCUAUUUCCCUAGGAAGAUGAUGCAAAAAAAGAUGAUUGCUUUCUCUCACAAGUGUCUCACCUAAAUGAAGUAGCACAUUUAUUACAAGCUUUUGCUUUAGGAGGUGAAGCAAAUCUGUAUCUCCAAUUUUCAAUAUAUCUAUUGUGAUACUUUUAGCUAAUUUAAAAAACAUACCACAGAGGCUUAAAUUUUGAAACUCACACUAUUUCAACAGCCUAUUCAAAGGGAUGGUUGUCUUUUGGGAAGGAUGAGAGUGUUAGAAGGAAUGUCAGGAUGAGAGAUUGAAAGCUGAUGCAGAAGGGAAUAGGAGUGCUAAAAUCUCCUGACACUCCUAGAGUGGGCAAAGGAGUAGAGUCAUUCUCUCACUCAUUCCUGCCAUCACUCAACCUGUUCCUUCACUCAAAAUGUGCCAUGACUGCCUUCCCACAUCAUGGGAGACAGCUCUGGGCUCUUCCAGUUCAUGCUGCCUGAUCAGGAAAACAUUUUGCUCUUCUCAUACUGUUUUGAUUAAUAGGGAGAGCUCAUUGUAAAAAUAAUAAUAAAAAAAAAAUUAUUAUUAAUUUGUGGUCCAUAUACUCACUUCUUGCUUUUGAGUAACAAAACAAUCCAUGCAGAUGAACCACCAGGAGUAAAGGAUGAACCCUGGCCAUAAAAUAUGAGACUGGCAAUAAAAUAAAAGAUGUCAUAGUGGAAAAUGAAGUGUUACUCCAGAAUUGAGUGAAUUUGAAUUGCUUAGAACUCCUCCUUUCUUUUCCAAAACCUUGAAAGGUUCAAGUUCCUGUAAACAGGUUUUUUGCUUUUCCUUUAGGUUUAAUUUUGUUUCUUUUUCAGGAAUGUCCUAAUACUUCAAUAACACACACACUGUUACUUUGUACCUACAGCUGCCAGUGAAAAGCUUAGAAAGAUACUAGACACACACACUAUGCUAAAAUAGAACCAAGAAAAUUAAACUGCCUGGUGUGGAAAAGAUAAAUUUGGGUAAGCAUUACUUGGCUUGAACAAUCAUGAAAUAUAGAAUAUUUCUUCAAAUAACACAAACACACUGUAAUGCACCAAUCUAGUCUACAUACCUGUACAUUGUUGUCAUAUAUACAAGGAUCCUGUGUAAUACUGGUCAUAAUAAAAAUUCAUUCAUUAAAUAA